GUUUUUUUGUUUAUUUUUUAAUAGCCUGGAAAGCAUUUACAAUCUGGCAACCCUGCAUUCACAAUAUCACAAAGUCGUCCUCGUGCUAAUUCUGCAACCUCAAUACAAAAAGGGAAAUAUGGGCUUUCCAUCAAAUCAUUAUCAGCUAGUAAAUCAUUAUAAUGCGUGGAGAGGAGUGGUAUUGUGUAAAUAGCGUGUCCCUACGUUUUCUAUACCCCUUUUUCACUUUGUUCAUUGCAUGAAGUAGUAAAAAAUGGACACUUUUUUUUUACCUUAACAAAGCAUAUCAUCUCAUUUUAUAUCUAAACGCUAUGUACAGGACACGUUGCAGUGCAUGCUCAUACCUUUUAGGAGAUUUUGAUGCUUAUUUGGUUUGCUCCUACACACAGAAAAGGCCAUUUUCUGUACAGAGUCUGAUCCAAAAUUGGACAGCUCCAGAGAGAGGCUUUUGUUGUUUUCAAACACCGCUACAUGCACAGAGCAGCUCAAGGUCAAGACCAAGCCAGAUUUGAGUGACCAGGCCUUAAUUCACACCCUGUCUCAAAAUCCUGAGCCCUUCCCAUAUGUUUAUGUAAAAGUCUCUCCUCAGAUGAAAGAAAGUGCUUUCCUGUCCUCGUCUUACAACUCAUGUGAAACAGCCAGGGUCGAGAUCAUCAGUGUCACUCUGCAUGGUGCCACCAGUCUUUCCCUGCUGAUAGACGGAAGAGUUCCACUGCCACAUGCUAAUGUAUGUUCUAAUAAAUUUAGCAGAUGGUCCAUCAAAAGAGCUUCUGGCCCAUUUCCGGAUACCUUCAUCUUCUCUUGAACCUUUUAAACACUACUACCUGGAGCUGGUACAGAUUGACAGUCAACAGGCAGAGGAUACUGUAUAUUGUGAAGACUUUACUGAGACUCGCUGUGACUUACUGGUAUCGCAGAUGGCUGCUUUUGGCUGGAGUACAUUUUAAAAGCAAAGCCCACAGGGCAGUACCCUCAGGAGUGCACGUCUAUGUUACCAUGGUGCGGAAACUCAGUCUCCUCCCCAGACUCCCUUGCUUCUUCUUCUCCGGCUUUGAGCUCCAGAGGGAUGGAUUUGAUCUGCCAGCCUAUGAUGCCCUUGCCCAGAUCCUCCCAGAAUAUCAGCACAUCUUCAAAACACCCAAAGCGCCUAAACUGAGUAACAGAGAACCAAGAGAACAGAAAAAAAGCAAGAGGUCCUUGGAGCUCAACCAAACAUUUGAAAUUCCAUCUCCACAUGAGAGACUCCAACUGCCUACUGUUCAGGAUGAUGAUCCACAUGCUGCACAGAUUACUGAACACCAGACCAAAGAGAUGGAGAACUAUCGAUCUGCCAUGUGUAAGAUGGCAGAAGACAUCCUUGCUCUGCGCUCUCAGGUGGCCAGUCUGGAAGAGCAGAACAGCCAACUUCGCAGCGAGCUCUCUAUGAACCAGGACCUGGGGCGCACGCUACUGGAUGACACUGACAUUGAUGUCAUGACAAAGGCUGAGAUUGCAGACAGAAUAGUAACUUUGAAGUGCAAGCUAGCAAGUGAAAGCAGUAAGGCAGCAGAUCAGAGGGAUAAGAUCCAGCAGCUUCAGAAUGAGCUCAUCAGGAAGAAUGAUAAUGAGAAGGAGCUGAUGCGACUACAGCGAGUGCACAAACAACAAGAAGCUGUGCUGCUGCGCUACCAAGGACAGAUCAAGAAAUUUUCAAAUCUGGAGGCUACAGUACGCCAACAGGAAAAAGUUAUUGAAAGGAUGGAGAAGGUGCUGACUACAAAGCUGAAAGAGAGAAAUAAAGAAAAUGCAGCAAGGACGAAGAAGGUCUUAAAAGAAAAGGAUUCAGAGGACAGCAGAAUGAGAGAGAUUGAAUCUAUAUUGGCUGCGGAAAAUACUCGCCUCAGAGACGAGCUGGAAAGACUUCGCCAACAUCCACAACCUAUUAUCAUACAACAGGCUGCACAGGUACACCUAACAACCCCUUUUUUUAGACACUUCAUAACACUUUAUAGGCAAUCGUAGAA